AUGUUCACAUCGCACCGCAAAAGAACAUCAUCACCACGAACAACAACAACAACAANCAAGGGCAAAACCGGAUGUUCACAUCGCACCGCAAAAGAACAUCAUCACCACGAACAACAACAACAACAACAACAAAAGCAGCAAGCAAAAUCCUCAACUAUCAUCACCAAAAUAUCCGAAUCGUCAAAAUAUCUUAUCACGGUCCCGUACGAAUACACACUCACUGCGUUGACGUAUACCAGAGAUGGCAUAUAUUCUAUUUUUGGUUCCAUCGGUAAUCUUUUCACAUGGCAACGACUAUCUAAACAAUCAGAAGAGGAGUCAAUCAAGAAAAAACUUGAAACAGAGCAGAAGGCGUUUCUUGAACAAGUGACUGAAGCAUUGGAGAAAUGUGAACGUGAAUCAGAGGCGAGAGACAUAUUGAAAACUGAUCGAAUCGAGCCGGAAGAAGGAGAAACUGAACUGCUUGCUGACACCACUACGGCUAUGGUCGCUGGUGCACCAAUAUUCACUGACAGUUAUAUUGAACAAGAGCGGAAUACGGCAUUCGAAGCGGGACAGUCAGAGGAGUUUAACGAUGAUUCUGUAGAGUUCUAUUCACGAACCGAACAACGACACAUGACCAAGGAAGAAUCACAUUUUGACACUUUAUUGAUACCCGUUCCCCGUCCACCACCGCCCUCCACUGAAAUAACACCAAGUGCUACCAAUCUGCGGCUUGAUUCAACUCUCCCCAGAAUGGUAAAACUCAACUAUUGA